UAUUAUUUAAGGCACAGAUAUUGAAGGAGUUAUGCCCAUUUGAAUCUUGCAAGUUCCACCUCACAUCAUUGUGCUGCAGAGAGCCCCAGGAUGAAGAAUUACAAGUAUGUUUUGCUGGCUGUGGUACUCACCAUAAUAGAGCAAAUUAAUGCUCAGUCCUGUGUGGUUGAAUCAUUUAAAGUCAAGGACAACUUUGACAUAACUAGGUAUGGAGGAAAAUGGUAUGCCAUUGGGAAAAAAGACCCAGAAGGUCUGUUUCUUCAAGACAAUAUAUCUGCUGAUUACACAGUGGACGAAAAUGGCAAGAUGAGUGCAUCUUCUAGAGGCAGAGUUAAACUGUUUGGGUUCUGGCUCAUCUGUGCAGAAAUGGCAGCUCAGUAUUCAGUGCCCGAUCCUUCUGUCCCAUCUAAAAUGUACAUGACGUAUCAGGGCUUAGCUAGUUACUUAUCCAGUGGAGGUGACAGCUAUUGGGUAAUUGACACAGAUUAUGAAAACUAUGCAAUAACAUAUGCCUGCCGCACUCUUAAAGACGAUGGAACAUGUAAUGAUGGAUAUUCUAUUAUAUUCUCCCGUAAUCCCAGAGGGCUUUCACAAGCUAUCAUGAGAAUUGUUCGCCAGAAACAGGAGGAAAUCUGCAUGGCUGGUCAAUUCCAGCCUGUACUUCAGUCUGGAGCCUGUUAGAAGAACGUGAAUCCAACAUCAUGCUCUUUGUGUGAAUAUGGAAAGGAAGGAAGAAGGAUGCAAGAGAAAAGUUUAAAAAAUUGCACAAUUUGCUCAAGUUUCAGAGAAUUUUAUUUGAUCUUUUUUUGUAAGCAAAUGUACCCUUUCUGUCAAAAAUAAAAUGGGCAUAAUUUAGUUAUGUGUGUUAAAGUUCCUUGACAGCUUUUUUUCUUUGUCAUAGAAGUUCUCCUAUGUAUUAUGUAAUGAAAUUGACAUGGACAGCCAUCUUAUCAGGAGCAGAUUGUUUGACUGUAAGUUUCUUAUCAGGUGAUGCCACACUAGAAAAUGGCUGACAAUCACCUUUAACCUCUGCUUAUACAAAAUUUUGCAAGCCAAAAUUAAUUUGAUAAUAUUUAAUUUACUAUGAUUAAACUCAAGCUACCUCAGCUGUAACUGCAUAGAAAAACAAACUGACUGCUCAAAAUUAAUACAUGUUAUUAAUAUGUUAUCAGAGUAUUAAGCCUGUCAACAUCAAAAUAACUGGAGGAUACACUACCUAUUUUAAAUGUUAUAAUGCACAAUUUAUUUAAUUUCAGUAGUUUGUCUCUAAAGGCUCUCCUGUGAGCUUUGUAGAAAAUAUUUAAUUUAUUAUUCGAUGUCUUCAUAAGAGCUUAUGUAUUUUUAAAUUAUCGUUCAAUGUAUAAUUUGAAUUUAUGUGUUUAAAAAAAGGAAUAGAGCUGUAUAAAAUGUUUUUUUUUGUACAAUUCGUAUGCCUUUGUCAUCAUCAUGAAUUGAUUGUUGAUCAAAAUGUCUUAUUGUACUUAAUUAAAAAGAAAUAUUCUUUUAUGGCUUGUUUUACACUACUGCUAGUUUAUCAAAAACGCAUUUCUACUUAUAACUGUCAGACAAGUUCUAGAUGUUAAAGUUUUAUCAUCACUUAUUAUGCUACAAGAAGUAAACGUCAAGAACCUACUGGACUGAAGACUCCAUUGGAAAAUCUGGAAACAUAUCACAUAUAAAACAAAUGCCUACGUAACAAUCUAUCAUUGGUAACCAGGAUAUAUUUUAAGACUUUCUGCUGCUAUCGUCUGAAUAUUAAAAGUGAUCACAAUCUU